ACAUAUGAAGUAUAAAUAUAUAUUCCCAAAACCUAUAAAAUAUACUAAUAUUUGAAAAGAAGAGUGUUCUGACGAAGUGGCCAUGAAGAAACUAAUAUGCUUUGCGUAAUCUCUGACUCGAUUCUAAAGUCACCAAAGCUACUAAUACGCUUAUGUACCUCGCUACUUCUUCACAGAGAGCACAGCAGCCGUACAUGGAGACUAUGAAGAGAGCAGAUAUCGACACAACGGCACCGUUUAGAACCGUCAAAGAAGCUGUCGCUUUGUUCGGUGAGAGGGUCUUAGCUAGUCAAGUCUAUUCAAACCAUCUCAAAGUGAUGGAGGAUCCAGCAAAGAUUGGAAUAGAGCUUGAAGAGACAAAACACAAUCUCAAAAGAGCAAAAGAAGAAAGCAUGCAGGUGAUGAACUCUUUGUCUUCUCUCAAGGAAGAGCUAGAGAGGACAAGACAAGAGCUUCAGAAGCUAAAAGUAGAUCCUGAGGGGGCCGUAAAGACUAUGGAUGAUACUGUUUUCAAAACCAAGUUCGAAGUGUUGGUUCCACAUGUUGAUGAUGGACCACCAAUUAGUACUAGUCCAAGGUUGAGAUCGAUGAGUGAGAAGAGAUACGUGAAAUUUGCAAACCCUGCGACGGGUAAUAAUAAUAAUGGUCCAGUGGUGGGGAUGUUUCUUGGGAGACACCCUUCCAUGAGAAAGAAGGAGAAGAAGACAAAGACGAAGAAGAAGAAGAAGAGUUUGAUCCCUUUGGUUAUUGGAGGAUUCUUCUCAAAGAAAAAGGUUUUGCAAUGAAACAGUUUGGUUUAUAAAUUUUUCUUCUCUUUUCUCGUGAGUUUUCUUUUGGUUUGUGUAAUAGUGUCAUAAAUGUAUGACCUUCAUAAAUGAUUCUUUAACAUA